GCAUCUUCCCUCAUUGCCUCUUCAUUAGGGAAAUUCCAAGGCAUGACUGAAGAAAUACCUAAAUGAAAAGAUGACAUUAUAAAUAGCCAUUUAGGUAUCAGUUACUACGUGAGCAGCGUGUUAAUGAUUUGUGCACAUUAUAUUAUCGUGACAGUCAUAUGACAUGUAGAUAUUUUUACUCUCAAUUAAUAGUAAGAAAACUAAGAAUCAGAGACCUUGAAUAACCAGAUUAAGACUACCAGGCCAGUUAGUGGCUGGGUCAGAUUUUAGAGCUUUGGAAACCAGUUAAACUCACUGAAGGUCCCAGGGCUAACGUUAAGCUGGGGCGGCCCACUAGCAAUUGCUGAAGUUUAACUCAGUUUAUUCUAGAGACAGCCCUUUCCCAGAGUCCAGAGAUCACCUAGCGGCCCAGUUUAAAGUCACCAGAAACUCAGGCCCCGCCUCUUCGGCCGGCGCAGGCCUUUUUCCUCCCGCCGCGGUUCGGCGGAUCUCCACCCCUGCUCUGUGGCCUUCGCGGCGGCCUUCAUUCGCCUGCGACCGUGUCGCCGUGACUGACGUCACGGGCAUCGGCCCUCCCCAUUGGCCCAUUUCAAUAGUCGCGGGAUACUUGAACUGCACGAACAGCCGCCGCUCCGGCGGGCUGUUCGCUACAUCUUGGGGGCGUCUUUAGCCCUCCACGCCCGAGAGUUCCUGCCUACGCCUUUCGCAACCUCUUCGGAGCUGCGCGAUCCCAAGAGAGCAGGCUGGCCCAGGCUGUGGCGGCUGGCUACGAUUGGAGCGUUUCUCGGCGGGGUCGGCGGGACGGAGUACACGCUGCUUGGCGCCGCAGGCUGAUCCCGCCGCAACCCCGGGAGCAGUGAUGUUGGGCAGCUCCGAGUCCGGUCCUGCGGCCCGCGAGGCGGGCUCAUCGCUGCUAACAUUGCAGCAUACGGCGCUCCAAGAGGACCAGGAGAACAUCAACCCUGAGAAGGCGGUGCCCGCCCAGCAGCCACGGACCCGGGCGGGGCUGGCGGUACUGAAGGCCGGGAAUCCGCGCGUUCCAGCGCCGCAGCAGAGGCCCAAAACACGACGGGUUGCUCCUCUUAAGGAUCUUCCUGUAAAUGAUGAACAUGUCACUGUUCCUCCCUGGAAAGCAAACAGUAAACAGCCUGCAUUUACCAUUCAUGUGGAUGAAGCAGAACAAGAGACUCAGAAGAGGCCAGCUGAAUCUAAAAAAACAGAACAUGAAAAUGUACUGGCUUUUAAUUCAGCUAUUACUUUACCUGGACCAAGAAAACCACUGGUACCUCUUGAUUAUCCAAUGGAUGGUAGUUUUGAGUCACCGCAUACUAUGGAUAUUUCAAUUGUGUUAGAAGAUGAAAAGCCAUUGAGUGUCAAUGAAGUCCCAGACUACCAUGAGGACAUUCACACAUACCUUAGGGAAAUGGAGGUAAAAUGUAAGCCUAAAGUGGGUUACAUGAAGAAACAGCCAGACAUCACUAACAGUAUGAGGGCUAUCCUUGUGGACUGGUUAGUUGAAGUAGGAGAAGAAUAUAAACUACAGAAUGAGACCCUGCACUUGGCUGUGAACUACAUUGAUAGGUUCCUUUCAUCGAUGUCUGUGUUGAGAGGAAAGCUUCAGCUUGUGGGCACUGCUGCUAUGCUGUUGGCCUCAAAGUUUGAAGAAAUAUACCCCCCAGAAGUAGCAGAGUUUGUGUACAUUACAGAUGAUACCUAUACCAAGAAACAGGUCCUGAGAAUGGAGCACCUAGUUUUGAAAGUGCUUGCUUUUGAUCUAGCUGCACCAACAGUAAAUCAGUUUCUUACUCAAUACUUUCUGCACCAGCAUUCUGCCAACUGCAAAGUUGAAAGUUUAGCAAUGUUUUUGGGAGAAUUAAGUCUCAUAGAUGCUGACCCUUAUCUAAAGUACCUGCCAUCAGUUAUAGCUGCAGCAGCUUUUCAUUUAGCACUCUACACAGUCACAGGACAGAGCUGGCCUGAAUCUUUAGUUCAAAAGACUGGAUAUACCUUGGAAAGUCUUAAGCCUUGUCUCAUGGACCUUCACCAGACCUACCUCAGAGCACCACAGCAUGCACAACAGUCAAUAAGAGAAAAAUAUAAAAGUUCAAAGUAUCAUGGUGUUUCUCUCCUCAACCCACCAGAGACACUAAAUGUGUAACAGUGAAAGACUG